GCAGUAGCAGUCGCAAAACGCAUGCGCCCGGCGACGGCGCCAUCUGCAGAAAAACGUCGUAGUUAAAAAAAGAAAGCCGCCAUUUUGACAUUUGUUUGGCUUUUGUGUUCUUCAGCAAAAGUUAUCAUGUAAUUACUCAUUACGAGCUAUUAUUCAAUAUAUUUCCGCUAUCGAACUAUUUCGCUGGUAAUUCGGAUGAAUAAAAUCCAACGCAUCAGUGAGAAUCGCAUGCGUCGAGCACCUAAAAAAUCGAUAAUGUACCAGUGCCGCUUUUUUACUUUCGCGUUAGAAAUGUUCACUUUAUAUUAUUAAUUUGUGUUCUUAAUCUAUUUUAAAUAGCUCCUGUAUUCAUCAUGAAGUGUUUUAAUUGUGUAUUGACUGAAAACUGAUAGUGUUAUGUGGUGAAAAGUGGAUUUGUAAAAAGGCGCGAAGUAACCGCGCCGAUUUUAUUUGAGUACGGAAAUAAAAAAUAUAAUAACUAAAACAAAGAAUAUCUGGGAACGCGUUAUGUGUAUCAGAUCAAAGUGGUGUUUUAAUUGAUUUUCCGAUUAUGCAUUACGUACAGCAAAUGGAAUAAUUGUUACUUUCUAAACAUUAAGUUCAUGUUAAGUUGUCCUCUAAUCUUGCGAUGCGGUUAAGAAGUAGGAAGAGGGAGCGGCCGCUCUCAAGUAAAAGGAGUACAAAGGUAACGAAACUCAAGAAGAAGUCUGUUAAGCCUCUUACCAAGCCACCCAACGCUUGGCAGAGCAUUCUCAAGCGAGAAGUGAAAAAUGUGGUGUCUGACACACCACAAUUCUGCAUCACUCGGUCCCAGAAGAAUUUGAAAACUCGUCCUGUAAGAACCAAAUUAAGUAUGGAGAAACCGUUGGAGACUACGCACAAGAAGGCUAAGCACAAAGAUGAUGGUCGCACAAAGAAACCAAUCUUUCAGACGGUUGUUCGGAGCUCUACCAAAGACCCGGUAUCUUCGUCCACCGCUGUGAAGGUUAAGCCUCAGAAUGACAAGAUUACCACAACUUCUAAGACCAAGGAAGUCCGUACAACGAAGAGUGUGCAGCUACGACACAGUUCUUUGAACAGAGAGCUUAAGAAGACCGAAGUGAUAUCUUCGGCUAUCAGUUCUCCGCGGAAGACGAGGCGUAUGGAUAAGACUGAUAAGUCAGCAUCUUUGAACAGCUCUCCAAUACGUAAAGUCCGUCAAAUUGGGAUCAUAACUCCCAAGGUAACUAAGUCUUCAGUCAGUUCUACUAAUGAGAGUCCAAAAAAGAGGACUAAGAAAGCUCCCGUGGUGCCUGAAACGAAUUGUUACCCUGAAGACAAUGAUGUGACCAUGUACGAAGCCCACACUACUACUUUUGUUGACUUUCCCACUCAGAAGUCUGAGGAAUCUGACUCGGAUGGUCACGUAGAAUCGUCAGAACUGUGUUUUCCAAAUGACUGUCUGAAUGACUUCAUGGCUAUAGCAGAGUGUGCUCGACUGAUCAAUGAAGAUAUGCCAGCUACAGAGGAAGAUAUUAACUUCCUGGCUGAUAAAGCAGCCCGGGUGAUGACUACUGAUAAGCCAGCGGAGAAGACUUCGAGGACCAACUCGGUGGAGAAGAGGGUGAUGAAACGCAGGAAGUCCAGCAAUGACCUGGAAAUGUACCAGCCGACGUCCACUACUGAUGAUCUCGAUAAUUGCACUGAUUUCUUGACUAACGGGGAAAAAUACGUUCAGCCCGACUUCGUAACGAUGCUAGAACAGGACGGCUACGUCCGAGACUCUGAAUGCGAGAUCUCAUCUACCUGCGACACCCAGGGGACUGCCAUAGAGAGUCUGGAAGCCUUGUCAGCUCGCAGCCCUAGCUCCGGCUUCCUGGCUGAGAUCAGCCAGAGCUUGGCUGCCGAGGCCGCUGGAUGGAACGGCACCGACAUGACAGCCGAUGAAGCUGCGCUUGCUUGCCACGACGAGCAAUCGCCCACAGACAUAGAGGAGGAGGCUGGCGAUGUGAUAUCGUCGUGCAGCAACCGCGUGGACUGCGAGCAAAUCUCUUCCUGGGUCGACGCCUUCGAUCCGUAUCUGUUUAUUAAGCAGCUACCACCGUUGGAGACCGUAGCGACGGGGGCGUUACGAGCUCGCUAUCCGGCUCUGCCCCUGAAAACUAGGACCAGCCCUGAUUUCAGUCUUGUGCUAGAUCUAGACGAGACAUUGGUGCACUGCUCGCUGCAGGAACUACCAGAUGCGAGCUUCCACUUCCCAGUUCUGUUUCAGGAUUGCCGAUACACUGUGUUCGUCCGCACUCGGCCGCACUUCGCGGAGUUCCUGUCUCGUGUAUCGCGUGUGUACGAGGUGAUCCUGUUCACCGCCUCCAAGCGCGUGUACGCCGACAGGCUGCUCAACCUGCUCGAUCCUGCUAGGAGGUGGAUCAAAUACAGAUUAUUCCGCGAGCACUGCCUCCUGGUGAACGGGAACUAUGUGAAGGACCUGUCUAUACUCGGCCGCGAUCUGCGCAAGACUGUCAUCGUUGAUAAUAGUCCACAGGCAUUUGGCUAUCAACUGGAAAACGGUAUACCGAUAGACAGCUGGUUCGUCGACCGAAGUGAUAAUGAGCUUCUUAAACUACUACCCUUCUUGGAGCAUCUGGCUACUAAAGACGACGUGCGUCCCUACAUAAGAGACAAAUACAAACUGUUUAGUUAUCUGCCACCGGACUAAGAUGUAAACCCCAGAACACACUGCGGCUGUGCGGACAAUUUGCAGAAUAGCCGGUCAAAGCUGGAAAUAACCAGCCAAAGUGGAUUAUUUGUUAAGGUACUCCUUCCAUUAUUUUGUUUGUGAUUUUUUACAGUUGGUUUUGUAAAAUGACCGGGUAAAGUUGAUAAUGAUUUUUUUUGGUGAAAAAUUAUGUUUUUUUUAUGCAAGAAAACAAGAAUAUUAUGUAUUAAGUAAAUUAGUUUCAUAUAAGGUCUCUUUUUUGAAAAUAUUUUUCAAAAUGUCCGUACAGUAAAAUAAAUAGAUUAUAAUAUAAUAUGUAUGAAUAAAAAUGCAAAAUUUUCGAUAAAUUCAGGAAAAAAUAAUUUCUAAAAAUUAGGAGAAGAUAUUCUAAAGUGUAGAUUAAUUUAUUAUUUUUAAUUAAAAACUUAAUGGAAUCGGCAUACUAAUAGAAUUUAAUUUAGUUCUAAGUUUUUGAAUGACUGCUGUUGUAUUGAAAAAUAAUUUUGAUUUUGUAGCGUUUUUUUUUUUCAUUUUUAAGCUAAAAAACAUGUUUGAAUGGUUAUAUUUUUCAAUUAUUUUUAUCUACUUUGGCUGCUAUUACAAUUAAAAUUCUUCUCAUUACAACAGCUGUGAAAAAAUAAUGAUUUCUAAGCAUUUGAUGAUAAAUUAAGAAAUAAUCGAAUGCAUAUGAAUUGGGUUACAAAUCUGUGAUUUUGUUUAAAAUUGUGUGUUCUCAAAUUGUUUAUCAAUGCACCCUGAAUAUCUUGUGUAGACAUAGCUUUAUGGUUAUUGUGUGAAAUGACCGUAUUUCUGUAAAUUCGCCGGUUAUUCUUGAAAAUGGCUGGUUGUUAUAUGAAAUAGUUUUUUUUUUAACUAUGCUUCAUUUGGAUAGGCACUUAACUAAAAGUAAUAAUUUCGAUAGGACUUAUUACACAAAUACAUAUUAAACAAGAAAACUACGGCUAAAAAUAUCGAUUUUAACAUAAACAGAGUUAGUUAACUAUCUCAGCUAUGUCUACAUAACGAUCGUAUUUAAAAUAUUAAAAAAUAUUCAUAUACACAAAUGUUUGAAAUAAAAAAAUACUGAGACACAAAUUUUCCAACGGCAUAAACGUCCGCUUAUCUUAAAACAACCGUUUACUAUGAAAUUAGACAUGAAAGUAAAUUCAUAGUAAACAGUUGUUUUAAUAAAAACUGAUGUUUAAGUUGUCUGUGAACUUUGAAAUGGGUCUGAUUUUUCUAUAGUCAGGUAACUAUUUAAUCACAUUAUGCUACUAAUAUUAUAAACUGAUGUAUGUUUCUUAGUCUUUCACGCAAAAACUGCUGAAAAGAUUAUUUUAGUAAAGCUUAUACAUCAUCAGAGUAAAAAAAAAUGCUAAUUUCUUUGAGAUGAAAAAAAUAUCCCUCUUUAUUAUAUUAGUAUAGAUGGAGCUUGUAUAUGUAAAAGUUAUCUAACUAUUGAAAAAUGGACUACAGAUUUUUUUCCAAAAACAUUUGUGUAUAUCAACAUACAAACAUAACAGAAUUGUUUUAUAAUUUAAGCAAAUAAGUGUUUUUAUAUAAUUCAUUAUUAUAUAUUGUUUAAAUAUAUAAGCGAACUCGUGUGAGGUGCUAAACUUUUAUUUUUAAUUAUUUUUAGUUUUUUAUUUUUAUUCCUUUUUUUUCUAAACAGUAUAUUUUUUUGUAAUUUUUUUCUUGUGUGUGUACUUUUUUUUGAGGUUGUGUAGAAUAAUAUGUUUUUGAAAAUCAAGAUUUUGUUUAUACAAGAAUUUGAGAAAAAAAAACAUUUAGGGGUCCGAAAUUCAUCCAAAUUCGUUCAGCCAUUUUGUGUGAUUGAGACAUGAAAUCUGUCCCAUGUAGCAGAGAUAGAAAUGAUGAACGAAUAUUGAUGAAAUUUUGCGAAAAAUUCUUAUUCAAAACACGUUUAUUCUGCACAAUCUCAAAAAAUAUAAUUGUGUUUUUACAGUAAUUAUUUAAGAUUUUUUUUGUAAUAAUUAUUAUUAAUGUACGUCCAUUUUUUACGAUUAUGUGUUUUAGUAGUUUAGAAAUAAACAAUAUAAUAAAUUAUCUAUAGGCUGUAUAAAUUUCAUGUCAUCACCAACUUUAAUUGUAAGAAUAAAACUGAUAUUGUCUAUGGUUACAUUGCAGUAGAUAAAAAAUAGUAUUUUAACUGCUAUAGAGUUUAAAUUGCUUAUUAUUUUUAUAUUUCUUUGAAAACAAGUAAUUUUAAUAGGGUCCCGUAUCGGGUACUCUUAAUUAUUCAUAUUCAAAAGAUUUCCAUAAUUUUUUUUUUCAUAAUUUACGUUUUUUUUAAUGCAACUACUAAAGGUCAGUUACACCAUUUAACUAUAACGAUAACCGAACCAUUUUCAGCUGUCAAAUCGCCGAUGUGAAAAAUGGGCGGCAAGUAUACGGCUGGUUAUGGUUUGGUUAUCGUUAUAGUUCAAUGGUGCAACGGAGUCUUAUCCGGAUAUUAAAAUAAUUAAAAAAAACAUGCUAAAAUAUGGCUAGUCAUGUUAUUUUGAAAAUUAGAAAUAUUUGUUUUUAUACUCUAUAGCAGUUAAUAUACCAAUCCAUAUUAUUCAAUAUACUAAAAUAAAACUUACGUACUUCCUAAAUACUAAAUAGUUAUUCAGAAGUCGAUUAUUAUCAAUAUUUAUUUUUAAUGUGUUUUUUGUCUUACGUAAGAUAAUAUAUGUUUUGAUGUCCAACAUGAUUAUAUCAAAAUCUGUCGAUCUAGCCAUUCUAUAUAAAUAUUUCAAUUUAAGGCCGAAUUUUCAAUUGCAAAAUGACUUUUAUCAGAAGAAUAUGUUUGACGUUUUGACAGUUUUUGUAUAGAAGAUAUUAUGACUGUGUUUCGGAUGGCACGUUAAACUGUAGGUCCCGGCCGUCAUUGAACAUCCUUGGCAGUCGUUACGAGUAGUCAGAAGCCAGUAAGUCUGACACCAGUCUAACCAAGGGGUAUUGGCAUAAAGUAAAUAACCACUAGAGAGCGCACUCGCCAAUUUCUUCUAAGAACACGACUCACCACUGCGGGCAGGGGGGGGCGACAUAAUCCGCGGCUACUAUUGGUCAGUUCAAGGUCGCUACUAAAGGAUCGUACUGAUCGUAGCCUUAUAGUACGCGCAAAAUCACUAACUUUUGGCGAGCGUCGGGGCACUGUAUGCGCAGUCAAGUGGUUUUAUAGUCUUUGGGUAUUGGGUUACCCGGGUAACUGGGUUGAGGAGGUCAGAUAGGCAGUCGCUUCUUGUAAAGCACUGGUACUCAGCUACAUCCGGUUAGACUGAAGGCCGACCCCAACAUAGUUGGGAAAAAAACUCUGAGGAUGAUGUAUAGAAGAUAUGUCAAACCGCCAUAUUUAUUCCUGAGAUAGAAGUUAACUGAUGAUUGAAAAAUCGGCCCUAAAAAGAUUUUAGUAACAUUACACACUGAUUUUUCACGAUGACAAGUCAGAGAGUCAAAUGGCUAACUUCACAAUUGCAAAGUAAUUUGGGGCGAAUUAUAUUUAUUUGACUUUUGCUUUCGUUUCGAGGCCUAUUUUUUUUCAUAUUUUAAUUAGAUCGACGGAGUAAUUGUAAUAAAUGUGUUAUUUUUUAAUUUUAUUUACAAAUAUAUUCGGUUUUGUGAAGUCUGAUAAUUUUGAUCUGACACUUUUGGAAAAGCCAAAUUGCCUCUGUAGGUAUCUUUUCAAGUUUUGGAAAUUGAAAAAAAAAAUGCAAACAAGUAUUAUUGUAUGGAAUUUUGAUUUAUUUUUUUAACGUAUUUUAUGAAGUAGCUAGACUAAUACAUAUGUUUGUGGUUUUGGUCGAUAUUGGUGAAUUUUGCACACUAUAGAAAAAGAAAACAAAAUAUAUUAAA